AUGGAUUCUCGUCCAUCUUUGUGGUGGCUGCUGCCCUUUUCGGCCACAUUCUUACUUUCUCUGAUGCAAAACCAGCAGUUUGCCAUAGCAGUGCACCGCCCUGCAGGAACUACUCUAAUAAACGUAUCCAAGAACUUUUACUUCCCAAACUUUAACCCAAACCUAAAUCCUUACAAGAUUCAAGACAUGAUUACGCUUUUAGGAAGCUCCAAAAUUUCACAAGGUUUCAUUCAAAUCCCUGAUGCAUCAGCAUUUACAGUUGAUCAUCCUACCGCGUACCGGGCAGGCCGAGCCAUCUAUGCCUCCCCUGUCCGCCUUUUUAACCCAUUAACCCGUACCCCAGGUUCCUUCCAAACUACCUUCUCUUUCAAAUUGACAGCCGCCACCAAUGACGGGUCAGUUUCCGGCGAGGGUCAUGGUGGCGAAGGAGGCCUUGCUUUUAUUAUCGUACCAGACGAGUUUACUGUCGGAAGACCGGGCCCCUGGCUCGGUAUCCUUAACGAUGUAUGCAACCACUACAAAGUCUUCUACGUAGAGUUCGAUGCGAGUCUCGACCCAGAAUUUGGGGAUCCCAAUGAUGACCACGUAGGUGUCAAUCUCGGCAGCGUCGUUUCUUUCAAGAUCGCAAAUAUUCCAUCAAAAGCCAACGUUUCUUUACACAGUAACGUAGUUCAUCGAGCUUGGAUAACCUACAACGGUCAGCGUAGAAGGAUCGACGUCCAUCUCGGAUCGGAUGGACACUCUAAGCCAUCGGAACCAAUUUUAUCUUUUUCGCUAGAUCUCUCACCUUUUCUUCAAGAAUACAUGUUCGUCGGGUUCUCGGCCUCCGCAGGAAAGUCAACAAAAAUUCAUAGCGUUUUGUCUUGGAACUUCUCAUCUACGACUCAAGCUUUGCUGCGGAAGCCUUCCGCAAGAAUUUGCCAUAGAAAUGUGGCUCGCCAAGUCUCCAAAUAUACUGAUAGUGGUUACAGAGCCCCGCCGAGCAGCUUCAUGAUCUUUGUUGCUGUUCUUGGACUUUGUACUUUGGCUUUGAUCUCUUUCUAUUGCAACAGUAUGCGCAGGGAGCGCACCGAUUCAUUGAUUCUUCUGGUUGACAAGAAGCAGAAGCCCACGUCACCGAAAAAGGCUCGCCGGUACACGGUUGUUGAAGUUUUCAAAGCCACGCGGGGUUUCGGCAAAUCAGAAGUCUUGGGAAGUGAUUUUAGAGGUGUUCUGUACAGAGGAACACUCCCUAAUGGGCGUCAUGUGGCGAUGAAACGGUACCUGAAAUCAUCGCGCUUGGCUACGAGGCGAGUUUUACAGAGAAUUGAUGAAUUCUCCCAGAUUAAUCAUCCGGGUUUGACUCCUAUUCGUGGAUGGUGUUGCGAGAAAUACGAGACGAUCAUUGUGUUUAACUACUUUCCAAAUGGAAGCCUAGAUCGUUGGUUGUAUGGACUGGGUGUUCUCCCAUGGAGUCUGCGAUUCAAACUCAUCAAAGAGAUUGCAGAGGCAUUGUGUUUCCUCCACUCUAAAGGACUGGCUCAUGGAAACUUCAAGACCAGCAGUGUCUUUCUCGACCUUAAUUAUCAAGCUGUAUUGGGUGAUUAUGAUUUCAUCUUCUGUCCGGGAGAGAAGGCUGGGCCAGCUGAAUCGGUGGCUAGCAUGAACGAGGACGUAUUCCGGUUCGGGAUGCUUGUGUUGGAAACCAUAGCAGGAAAAAAGACGGUGGGCGAAGGCGUAGGAGAGAAGAGUAUUUUAGGAUUUGCAUGGAGCAUGCAUGAGAGCGGAGAGAAGGCAAAGGUGGUGGACGAGAGGGUACUGGGACAUUGUGCUAACUCAGAACAGGCGGUUCGCGUUCUGGAAAUCGGUCUGAGUUGUACCUUGAGCAAGAACGACGGGAGGCCGUGUAUGGAAGAGGUGGUGCAGUUGUUGAAUACACAGAAACCGGUCCCUCAGCUGCCACCUGGUCGACCCGCCGAGCUGUUUCCGAAGCGAAGUAGUUCUGAGCGCCUGGCUGGGCUAGUUUGA